UUGCUUGAGGUACAAAAACGUGUUGAGAAGCCUUCAAGAGACCGAGAAGAAGAUGGACUGCCUGGAGGUGUUCGUGUCGCACGACUCUUACCCGCCGCAGCACGAGCUCAGCUACCUGGUGCACGAUAUCAUGCUGGUGUCGGAGGACGAGACACUGCUGCGCCGCUGUCUGCGCCUGCUCCGCGUGGUGGCCGGGUACCACGCGCCACACUCACAGGCCAUGCGCGCUGUGUGGUAUGACGCGCUUGCGGUCGACUCUGUCCCGAUCGCGUACGUGCUGGAGAAGGCGAGGGGCCGCUGCCUGGACGCCGGACUGCCAUCGCGCUGUCACGUGCCGCUCACCGAGUUCUUCGACUUCCUGGUGACGCUGCUAGAGGAGGACAUGACGGCCUGGAGCAGCAGUGCGCUCGCGGCCCGGCGGCUGCAGGGGCGGCCAGCGGGGCGCCCGCUGCUGGCGCACGUGGUCUGGCCGUGCGGCGAGCCGGGCUUCAGCCGCCACGACACGGCCAGCAUCUGCCAGUGGCUGGUGACCGCGCACGUCGGCCCGGCCGACAUGACCAUGCGGCUCUUGCUGCUGAGACUGAUGGCUAUGGCGGCCGGCCUGGUACAGAUCAGCUCUGAACGCGAGGACUUCCCCAAAGUCAGUGAGGGCAUGAAGGAGCUGGCUAUGGAGCUGGCCAGGACCGUGGAGAACGCAGACCUGCCGCCGGCCGCUGUGGAGGAGCUGCUGUGCUCGUUGCGGCCGGCCUGGCUGUGCGCCUGGACGGCGGCCGGCUUGCUGGAGUCGCGCUACGGUCGCUUGCGGCCGGCCCAGCUGUCGCUGCAGGUGCUGGCGGACACCUACCUGAUGCCCGAACGGCGGGACGCGCGGCGGCCGUCGCCCGCCUGCACCGAGAAUGAGAACAGCUGGUCUGCCGGACCGCAGGUGUCGUUCGCGGCGAACGGCGAGAGAUCGAAGGACGUCGCCGGCGCGGCGGCGGGCCGCAAGCGGUGCAUUCAGUCGCCGCCGGUCAGUCCGGCCCGAAAGCGGCCGUUUGCCGUCAACGGAGUCGACGCGGACGACGAGCGCACGGCCCCGCGAGACGGCGCGAGCGCGCUCCCGCCGGAUCCGGACGAGGCCAGCCCGGCCGCACCGGCCGCCGCCUCGCGCGACUACUCUCUGCUGGCGCACCACCUGCUCACCGGGUAUCUGCUGCACUCGGGCGUAACGGAGGUGCGCGUGCUGCUGGCCCGCCGGAUGAGCAGGCCGGCAGCGGCGGCAGUGAGCGUGCGCACUCCGCCGCGCUGUCUCGACGGCGCAACCAACGUCCAGUACAACGGGGAGCUGCGCUUCAUUGAGGAGCGGCUGUGGAGAUGGGUGGUGAACCGCUGGCUCCAUCCGCGCUUUGCGCGCUACAUGCGCAACGUCACGAAACUGUGAAGGCGCGGCCAGCGACCUUUUCAGAGUACAAAGGUCUGGCCAGUAGAGCUCAACAAUGAAUCCACGUGAUAUUGAUUUGGGAGGCGAGACCAAGCCCAUUGCAAGUAGAGCCUCCAGUACAAUUUCAUGCUGCGCUGCCGGCUUUAUCACGUAUGACAUUGAGAUGUGGGAUUACGCUAUAUCUAGUCGUUUGCGGGGUUGUGAGACAUGUUGAAGUUUGGCUUUGCCUCAUGAUUUGCUGCAGUUAUGAACUUUUCGCGGUGAAUUACUGUUUAUAUCAGUGAGGAUCUUUCCAAUGGAUUUGAAACGCACAGAAAGUUUGUUUGGGUAAGACGGGUUUUCGCUUACGCUUACGCGCGACUUGCACUGUAUUUUAUAUGAAUUUGCUGCAUGUGUGUGUGUGUCUUAUGCUACAUGUUUUCCAGACUGAACUCAUUUUUUAUCUUUGCCGUCCACCGCAUGCCUCGACCAGGUGAAUCGUGUGUGUCUUGGAGACAAACGCUCAAGGUCGUGCGUGGUAGCCCGUCCCACCGUUGCCUCUGGUGGGAGGAGGCAAAUGAACACGCAUAAUUGUCUGGAAUGUUUGAGUAACCUUGCAGUACACCUGGAGAUUUGUUGCAUUGUCACAAGCUGAUUGAUGCAGUUCCCGACGGCCGUUCGGCCGCCUGAGUUAGAAUACUCGCAGGUUGUGGCGUCUCCGUACGCCGCGAUGUACCUGAUUCGCCUGUGAUUGGAUCAAUGUGUACCGCUCGUCCAGAUGAGUGCCUGGGAGAUCGCCGCCGAAUCAUGCUGCCAAACUCAUCCGGCUCAUCCGUCGUGUUAUCCGUCUCACCAUGCUUCAUUGCUAGAGAACUACUCUCAGCUCACGCAUAGAGUAAAGUAGCCCCCAGUUGGGACGACCAAUGGCAGUGAGAGCCUUAACGGGUGUCUACCUCUUGUAUACGGUCCGCCGGGCGCUUCUA